GGCGGGGGGUGGCGGUGGCGGCGGCGGCUGCGGGUGUUGCCCCCUCUUCGCCUCCUCCUCCCCUCACGCCGCGCUUCGCCUCAGGGGAAAAAAUGGCCUCUCGGCGGAUCACACGGGAGACGUUUGAUGCUGUAGUGCAGGACAAAGUUAAGAGGUAUCGCAUGGACCGGACUGAUGCUAUAGAAGACACAAUCCAUCAUUUUAAAGCUCAUUCAAGGCCUGUCCCAAGACCAAGAUACGAAGACAAUUUCCAUGAUGAUGGAAGAUACGACAAUGCCCAGCACCAUCCACAUGAUGACUGGAGUGAAGACCCUAGAGAUGACUAUCCGGGACCUUCUUACAGAGCUGCGAGCCCUCUCAUUAGGAAAGAUAACUAUUACCACGAACAGUACGGCCGCCCGGUGACUCGUGACCGGGAGUUUGGCCACCCAGCAUCUCGAGAUCGGGAAUUUGGCCGCCCAGCAUCUCGUGACCGGGAGUACGGGCGCCCAGCUACGCAUGACCGGGAGUACGGGCGCCCAGCAUCUCGCGACCGGGAGUACGGGCACCCGGCCUCUCACGAUCAGGAGUACGGGCGCCCCGCGGCUCACGACCGGGAGUAUGGGAGCCUGGCUUCUCACGACCAGGACUACGGGCAUCCCGACUCUUGGGAAUCCACUGGACCGCAUGAAACUGACUUCAGUUCUGCAGAUAUUUUAGGUGAUUUUAGGUCGCCUGGACUCAUGGAAGAUGAGUAUGGCAACAUGGAAAGUCAGGAGUAUGAGGUGGAGUUUGGAAUUCAGUCCGACAGCGAGUUCCGACCCCCAGUGCGGAGGGGCAACAUUGGCAGGGGAAGAGUUCUGCGAGGAAAGCGUAUUGUGAGGGGCGCUGCUAAAACGAAAAUAUUCAAAGGAGAUAUCAAAGCUCCCCUAAAGAAAUGGAACACUAAAAAACUGCAGCCAGGCCCUGAUCAGAAGCCAGCUGUGCAACCUGAUCAAAUGCCAGAAGCUGCUGAACGGCCUAACCUGAGGCCGGUGCCUGUCCAGCGCCCUAAUCCAAAGCUGCCUCUGCGACCUAAUCAGAGGCCAGCUAUAACAACCCAGAGACCUAUCCUCAGGCUUCCGAAGCCUGCGCAUGUUUUUAGAAAUCUCAAUUUUGACCUUGUGGACAAGUCUGACAUUUUCUCAACGUUUGGAAUACAAAUCAUAAAGUGGGCUGGAUUUCACGCAAUAAAAAACGAUGCGGAAUUUUCCCGGCUCUUUGGAGCUCUCUUUGAGCUGGAGACAGAAACCUGUGCAAAAAUGCUGGCUUCGUUCAAAUGCUCCUUGAAGCCAGAACACAGAGAUUACUGUUUCUUUACUAUCAAGAGUUUACAACAUGCUGCUUUGAAAACUCCCAAGGUGGACAAUGAAUUUUUAAAUAUGCUGUUGGACAAGGGUGCUGUGAAAACUAAGAACUGCUUCUUUGAAAUAAUAAAACCUUUUGAUAAAUAUAUAAUGAGGCUACAAGACCGCCUGCUAAAAGGUGUUACACCUCUGCUCAUGGCCUGCAAUGCUUACGAGUUAAGCAUUAAGACCAGUGGUUUUGGUAACCCCAGAGAAAUGGCAAGCGCUUUUGAGACCACCGUUUCUCUUUGUCGUAAGUCUUUAGCACUUCUGGGUCAGACCUUUGCGUUAGCGUCUGUUUUCAGGCAAGAGAAAAUACUUGAAGCUGUAGGGCUCCAGGAAAUGGCUCCAGCACCAACACUGUUCCCCAAUUUCGAUGAUUCCACGUUGUUUGGAAGAGAGUACAUUGAAAACUUGAAGGCUUGGUUAGAGAAAAGUGGAUAUCCAAUUCAGAUGAAAAAAGCCGAAGCAGACUCCACAGUACAGCUUCAAAAACCCUCUCCUGACACUAAAGUUACAAUCCCCCAGCGAGCUGAUCGGAAAAUCGUAGAGACAAUUGAACAGCUAGUGAAUAGCAUUGUUUCGGGAACCUUGUCUGCCAAAGAGAGAAAUGCUCAAAAGAACAGUCCUGAAUACUGGUUCUUGUCUGAUGAAGAUAGUCUAGAAUACAAGUAUUACAGGCUGAAGUUAUCAGAGGUGCAAAGACGGACAUCAUCAGGAAAGGAGGCAGGUGGUGAGGGCAGAACACUAGAAGAAGCUGCAACAGAAUCGGUCAGAGCUAUGUUGUAUGCCAGGAAAGUCGCAAGUAUUAAGAGAAGGCUAUUUAAAAGGAAAAGGCUGGGAAUUAUUGCACAACGUGGAAUUCGAGGAAGGAAGGUGAGGAGAGCAACCAUAGGGACGCAGACUGUGCUUUCAGCUGGCACAAUGCUGAAACACCAAGACAAGCAUCUUCAAAGUUCAGUUGAAUCAAAGCCUUCUAUGUCAGAAACCAGCACGUCUGAGAAGAACUCUUCCCUUGAUGCAACCUCGUCUUUACAAUGUGCCACCAGUUCAGAGGCCCCUCUGCCAGCAGAAGAAAGGGCGGAUUCUGAGGAUUUAGUGGCACCAUCUGAACUUUUCGUACCAUUGCCCUCUCAGUUUCCUGAUGUGGAUGCUAAAACAAUGGAAACUGCUGAGAAGCUUGCCAAGUUUGUUGCUCAGGUAGGACCAGAAAUUGAGCAGUUCAGCAUAGACAACAGUGCAGAUAACCCAGAUCUGUGGUUCCUACAGGAUCGAAGCAGUUCUGCUUUCAAGUUUUACCGAAUGAAAGUCUAUGAGUUAUGUCCGUCUAUCAACUUCAGUGCUGUGCCAGAAGCAACCGAUGCUGGGGAAAAUGCUAAACCUGAAGAGAGAAAUUUGGAUAUUUCAGAAGAGGAGGAAGAGGAAGAUGAAGAAGAGGAGGAGGAAGACAAUGAGGAGGAAGCUGAGUUUGAGGAGGAUGUUUCUCGACCUUUGGAAGAAGUGGAGCAAGCAGAGGAGGGAGAAGAGGAUGAUAUCUCAGCAGGUAGAAGUGCGGAAAACCUUGCUGAAGAGUUGAUUUCCAAGACAGGAGAGGAAAUUUCAACAGGUGAAAAGCAGCUAGCUACAUCAUCUGAUGGUGCUGUACCAAAUCUGUCAACACAGGCAUCAACUCCUGCUCCUGGUACACUAUUUCCCCGCAAACGAAUCAGCAGCAAGUCUCUGAAAGUCGGUAUGAUUCCUGCAUCUAAAAGGAUAUGCCUCAUAGAAGAACCAAAAGUGCACGAACCUGUCAGAAUUGCUUAUGAUAGGCCUCGUGGUUGCCCAGUUACAAAGAAGAAGAAGAAACCAAAAGAUUUAGAAUUCUCACACAAGAAACUGACAAACAGGAAUGUAGGUUUCCAGAUGCUUCAGAAGAUGGGCUGGCAAGAAGGACAUGGCCUGGGUACACGAGGAAAAGGAAUCAGAGAGCCUGUAAAAGUGGGUGCUACCUCUGCAGGGGAGGGCUUGGGUGUUGCAGGGGAAGAAAAUAAAGAAGAUGCAUUUGAUGUUUUCCGUCAAAGAAUGAUACAAAUGUACAGGCAGAAAAGAGCAAGUAAAUAGGUAUGACAUAAAGAGACUCGCUCACUAGAAAGUGCAUGGAUAUGCAAAGGCUGCUGUGUGAAAGAUCUUCAGCAGAGUAUGCCAGUAUGAAGAACUCUUUGUUCUAUAGUAGUGGACUUGAACGCUAAUGUAUUAAAACAUUUUCCAAGGUUAAAGUUAGUCUUGUAUUUAAUUGUGCAAGCUAACAACUUGGAUGUCAUCUUCUGAGGAAGAAACAGCUGAUUUUGUUCUCGGAAGUGCCUGUUUACCUAUCUCUUUGGCCAAGUUUGCCUGUUUUGUGAUGAGAUGGCUUACUACAAACAGAAUAAGCAACAUUAAAAUUAUGACUAGCUUGCUUCGGCUCUGUUCCUUUCUGAAGCCAAGAACCUUCUCAAAUUCAGAUCUUAAUGCAAGGCAGUCCAGUUUAUAUUUUACUACAUUUUGUUGAUGGGCUAAUCUUCUGAUUCACUUCUGGAGUCUGCAUAAAGCAGUUUCUUUUCCUCUACACGACAAUUUCAAGAAGAAUCUCUACCUGUGUGCUUAUUUUAUAUAGGAUUCUAUACUUAAGUGUAGGAUGAAUAACUGAGUUCAUCUGAGUCUGAGAACACUAACUCUUCCUUGAAAACUUCGGCUGCUAAGGUUUUCCAUUGUAGCAAGCAAGCAGUACAUAUUUUAUGUGUAAUUUUUGAUUUACACAGAUUUGCAGCUCUUGUCCAGCAAAUUCUUGAGUAAUCUCUUUCCUUCUCAAAGAAGUUUUAAGUCAUGACCUGGUGCAAUCCAUGUGUCUGCAGAAAAUGCUGAAGGAAGAUACUUGGAAGUCAGAUAAUCAGAAGUGGAGCGUCAAUUUUUUAAGACCAUCAGUUUAGAGAGUUAUUUCUGUUUCUAUUAAACAUUUGCUUUGCAGAAGUUCUUUGAUUGGAAAAAAUCCCAAGAAAUAAGACAAAAAGCUUGUCAUUCUGAGGGACUAUUCCAGAACACACUGAAAGAGAAGACUGGAUUAAUCUACUCUGCUUCAACAAAAAGCAGUUCCUAACUUCUUGGUGAAGCAGCUCUGAAGACAUGAAAGUUUUAGCAGUGUUACCACAAAUAAACGUUCAAGGUCUGGUCAUUCAUCUUUUUCAGACUAGCACAUCAAUAAGAGAGAGAUCUGUGACUGGAUUACUGAAAGUGACAGAAUUUAAUAUCACACUUUUUAGCAUACUCCUCCAUCAUUACCUUUCUCAAACAAGUCAAAAGUCUUCACUUGAGCGUUACAGUACCAAAACCUACUUCGCUGACGUUCUCUUUAAAGAGCUUAUCUUGAGCUGGCGCAUGUUUUGCUUACUAGGAUUGAGUGCUGUCUUGCUGGUGUUUUCAUCCUGCAUCAUGCUUCUUGCAGAGCAAAGAGCUUGUGGUACACCACUAAUAGCACCCCACAGUAAUGUUGCAGCAUCUCAAGUUCCUAACUGACAAAUACGCAAGAAAAUGUGCUCUUCAGUUAUCAACUUGCCUGUACCUGCUGUUUAAAGAACAAAAUUAUACUCUCUCUAUUAAAAACCCUGCUGGUUGAAAGGGAGUGUCUUCGUUUUCAUUCUGUAGCAACAAACUUUUCUUGCCUGUAACAACCAGUUCUAGUUAUGAAUGCAAGUUUGUUUUUUCCUUUACAGUACGAGUCUGUGAAACCAAAAGAAACAGUAUCAUGUCAUGGUGUAAUUUUCUGAUCACUCAAUUUUAGUUGCUUUGAAGCACAUGAUCAGUGAAUAAAACCAUAAUGGCAGGUAUAGAAAAAUAUCAUGCUGGUAGUUCUGUUUUUCCAUGAACAUCACGUGUCUUCACCUUUACAUUACAAGAAGCUGAAGCAUGAAGGCCAGAAAUACAAAUGAGUUUAUCUGGUUAUUACACUUGAUUAAAGGAUAGGUUAGGGGGUUCUUGUAGGCUUUACUUGGAAGUACUUAAAAUCCAUGAAUGUUUUGGACCACAGGCUACUUUAAAGGUCAUCAGUAAUGAUAUUUGGCAGUGUACACUUAUCUGUUAAUAAGUUCCCAUUUGGGUUUGUUCUUCACUGCCUCUUUUUCUUUCCAGUGCCUGUUUAGCAGUUAUGCAAUAUAAAACUUGAGCCUUUCGAAAAGGAGAUCUAUCAGUCACAGCCUGUUUUAGAAUGACAGUCUGGAACCAAUAUUGUUGGCUUCUGAACUAUUUCUCAGAUCCCCUCAGAAGCUUUUCUUUUAGUUUCAUUGAUGAAGCUUCCAGUAUUGCUGUUCACGAUUUUUAUUUCCUUGCAAACUUCCAGUUCACCUCUUCUUUGACAUUCACAUUUUGGAAGCAUUCUUGAUUAUAUGUUACACUACUUGCAAAAAGGCACAAGGCAAAGUGUAGUUUCACUUUGGAUUGAAAUCCACUCUCUCGCCCAGAUCAGCAUUCUGUGCUACUCUGAUUUAACCCGAGUUUGUUGGGCAUAGUACCACUUGGGGUGCAUUUGCUAAACACCUACUUACCCAAUCUGGGAAAACUGUUGGUAUCCAGAUUGGAAAAUGGUACCUUCCUUUCUGAUUGCAAUGCAGAGUAUAAUGCUGUCUUGAAAAUAAAGGUGAACAUUGGGAAAAUCUUAAUCUGCUACCCUGGAUGACUGUAGUGUGGUCUAUCUUUCUUGUGCCAAACUUUAAUUUUGGACAAGAUAUCAGCAGAGCAGUAUUGGUGCUGAGAUUCCAGUGUUGCUCUCAAAGUGGGUUGCCAUUUGCCACUUUUAUCUUGUGUUACCAAGAGAUGACCUUACGCUCCUUUUCCAAAAGGAAUUUCCUUUUAUUUUGACCUGCUUUUGCAGGCAGUUCUGAUUUGAAAAUUUAAAUACAUGUACAUGUGAAACAUUUGUUAUGCAGAUACAUUGCCUUGUUUAAAGUUUACUAGCUUCUUUUCUGUUAUUUUAGUUCCAGGCUCUCUUCCAUGAAGACUGCAAGCUUCAGUGAACAUUUUAACUAACUUCAAUGGUGUGUCUACUGUCUUUUGGUUGUUUUUUUGUUUUUUUUUUUUGCCAUUAAUCUUGUAGAGCAAUUUGCUAGUUUCUGUUCCAUGCAAAUUGGCAGUAGUGCUUAGCUAGUAACAUUAGCUGCUUAUGUUAUUGGAUAACUGACAUUUCUUUUUAGUGUAAGUAAACAUGUUAGCAUUGUUAAUCUUUUAAUAUCCGCAAUAAAUGUAGAACUAAACAAUUUCUGGUUUAAAUGUUUUGCUUGUGAAUUUGGCCAUUUGUAAGAGAUAUGCAUCAUUUUUGGCACUAACAAGUGGAAUUGAGAUUAUGCAGUGUUACAUUAGUGUAAAGCAGGAUUUUAUAGUGUACGAGGGAAGGAAGGUCCCUCUGUUUCUGUGCUGCUAAGUGUUUCUGUUGAGAAUACCCACUAAAUCAUUUCUUAGUCACUGUUUCAUGUGGCUUCCAGUGCUUUAAAACCAUACACAGCAGUGUUACUCUCCACAGGAAUGCCAAAACCAAGGUGCCCCAGUCAGAAUGCAAGAGUUUUACCCUUUAUUCAUGUAUCCCAGGAAUUAGUUGUCUCUCUGAUUUUCUUUGUGUACUGACUUUACGAAAGCAAAGCUUUCUCUUUUCAUAUAUGCGUGUGGUUUACUGUUGCCUUUAAAUUCAAAUUCCUUUGUAAGACAGGAUAUGAGGGGGAAAAUUGCAACAAAAUGAAAUUUAACAAUUGUGCAGCCACCUUCUAUUUAGAGGUGAAGUGAGUGUUUAUUUGCUAAAGAUACCAGCUAGGUCUCCUGCCCCUUGUUUUUAUACUGACAGCUGUGGCAUGCUUUACUAGACAAGCUGAAGUCCUGGCUAUACCUUUUUCUUCCUUUUCCUCCUUUGCCUUCAACAAUUUAUUAUAUGUAAGGACCUGGUUCUAGAAGGGAUGUUUGCUCUCGUUGGAGAGAAAUGAGGAGAUCCCCAUUUUGGGGGAGGUGCUCUAACAGAGUAAAAGAACUAUAGUUAAAAAAUAAUACACUGUUUGGAGUAAUUGUGUUGGAGUAAUACGGAUUUUUUUUGCCUUCAAGGCUUUUCUUUGGUGUAAUAUCAGUGACGUUUUUCCUAUUUAUUGGUUUUUGUUUAUGUUAGACAACACUACAGCAUCCUUAGUGUGAACACUUAAUCUGUGCUGAGAUGUUACUUCUCAAAAUCAAUGUACAGUAUUUUUUUUUCUAUUGAUAUUCCGUUCUGCUUUAAAGUUAAUCCUGAUGUAUGGUGCCCAAAGAAAGUCUGGACUCAGAAAUUCAAAUACUGUUAUUUUGGAUUGUUUUCUAUCCUACAAGCAGGUAUAUUUUCUAAUUGAAAAUGAAGUCUUGGAAGUGCUGUACCAUCUGUCAUUCUGCAUAUCUCAUGACUGAGUGGCCAAUCACAACCAGACUGUAGAUUUGAGCAAUAAUAAACACCUGAAAUGAGAAUAUGCUCAAAGAACAAUAGGGUACUUCUGAAAUAAAUAGUUUUUGUGAACCUUGUUAAGUAGGUAACUUGCUGGAUUGCAGCAAGUGUGGAAAAUGUUUGCAUUAUCUGUGGGCAAUAAAGUUACUGCUGUUUAAGAAA